UUCCUCCUUCGUCCCCCAUCAUGGCCGAGGAGCUCUCCGCGUCCAUGUCCUACACCGAAGAUGAUUUCUACUGCCCCAUCUGUCAGGAGGUGCUCAAAACGCCCGUGCGGGCUGCGGCCUGUCAGCACGUUUUUUGUAGAAAGUGUUUCCUGACUGCAAUGAGAGAAAGCGGAAUGCAUUGUCCCCUCUGUGGUGGAAAUGUGACUAGAAGAGAGAGAGCAUGUCCUGAACGGGCCUUAGACCUUGAAAAUACCACAAGGAAAUUUUCUGGUAGCUGCAGAUGCUGUGCAAAACAGAUUAAAUUCUAUCGCAUGAAACAUCAUUACAAAUCUUGUAAGAAGUAUCAAGAUGAAUAUGGUGUUUAUUCUAUCAUCUUUCAGAUCUCUCAAGAUUCAGUAGGAAACAGUAACAGGAGUGAAACAUCUGCAUCUGAUAACAUAGAAACUUACCAAGAGAAUACAGGUUCUUCUGGGCAUCCUACCUUUAAGUGUCCCUUGUGUCAAGAAUCAAAUUUUACCAGACAGCGUUUACUGGAUCAUUGUAACAGUAAUCACCUAUUUCAGAUAGUUCCUGUGACGUGUCCUAUUUGUGUGUCUCUUCCUUGGGGAGAUCCUAGCCAGGUUACUAGAAAUUUUGUUAGUCAUCUAAAUCAAAGACAUCAGUUUGAUUAUGGAGAAUUUGUGAAUCUUCAGCUAGAUGAGGAAACCCAGUAUCAAACUGCAGUUGAAGAAUCUUUUCAAGUAAACAUCUGAAGGCUGUAGACACCUCUGCAUCUUUGUACCUGCAAGUGCCAUCUUUAAGGAGAAAACUACAGGAAGUCACCAUUUCAAUAACUUGAUGUGUAUAUUAAUAAAAGUAAUUCAGUCUA